AUGGCUGAAAUUGUUGGUGUUGUUGCGGCUGCGGUCGAGUUUGGAAAGAUUGGGGUAGAGCUGAAGCAACUCUACGGCUCUGCCAAACAUGCACCAGAAGCUCUCGGACAUCUCUUGGAAGAGUUAGAUUCUCUUCGGCAAGUUCUACAGACUCUCGCGGAGCAGGAAGCUACUAUCGCGACAUACGCUUCUCCCAGCGUGGCCCAGACAUGCCGGCAGCAAUGUGACAAGGCUGUGAACAAUCUCAAACCAAUCUGCGAUGAUCUGGCCAAGAGUCUCAAACACUCUAGGAUCCGCGGCUCCAUCAAGUCCGUCUUCAAGGAGGAAGUUCUCGCAAAGGCGCGACAAGACCUCGAAAGAGCCAAAACGAGCCUCAUUCUGGCUCAACUCGCUUUGCUAAAUGCCAUAACUGCUUUGAACAUCCAGCAACAUUCCAGCACUCAGACGUUACUGGUCACAACCCAAGUACAUAUGUCUUCUGCCCUCGAGGACAUUCGUCGCACCCCGCGAGCCCUAACGGCUCCCUCCCGUCGUUCGAUACGUGCACCCAAUGACGACGGGAAGGAUGAGGCUUUAACUCGCACAGGUCACGCUGGCGAUCGUUCCCCCCACUGGGCUUCCCAGGAUACCACACGCCUGAUGCUUUUCCAGAGUCGAUUGCUUGGCAAGGGAAUCGACGUAUUUCGACAAAAAGCGUACGGCGGCUGGGCAUAUGUCUUUCGAACCUACAAUGUUCGCAAAUUCCCCAAGGAAAUCUAUGGAUAUAUCGAGGAAGGAAACAUCACUGCACUUCGGCAAUUAUUCAGAAGUCAGCAAGCCUCGAUCUAUGACAGAGACACAGAGGGAUGGUCAUUGUUACUCCAUGCGGCAGCCCGCGGUGCCGCCACCGCAACUAAGUUUCUCGUCGAGCAAGGCGUUGACGAUCUGGAAGACUACCGAGAUUUCGUGUAUAUCCUCUUCAUCUCGAACGUGGACCCGAGUGAUACAUCUGACAAGCGAAAUUCACAGUCUGAUACCAUCUGUGCACUGCUCGAAACCAUGUCGCACUCCCGUUUCAUUGCCAGCCUACCACACACUCUUGGGGACUGGUGUGAAUGCGUUCCGCAUCUCGUGCCGACUCUUGUUCAACGGAUCUGCCCUCCCUUGAGCACCCUGGAUUUCGAUAGUAGGCUCAAAAAUGCAUACAUAGCGUGUUGGACUUGUGUCUCUCCGGAUGUUUUCUGGCUCUACCUGUGCCAGUCUCAACUUACUGCAUUCUGUCUUGUACGUUGGCAUGACGAAAGAGAAAGCAUUGUACAAGUUCUGGCGCGGGGUAUGAGCCAGUGGUGGACCGGGGAUCGAGAAUGUAAAGACUUCAGUGACUGGCAGUCGCUUCUACAAUCGGCCAUUGCCAUGGAUGGGCUUCAACUCUCUUUCGAGCAUGGUUGCCCUUCGCCAAUGCUGAACUACCUUGAAUUCGUUUACGAGUACGAACCCACAGCCCUCUGGACUUAUCGGGGUUCAUGGCCAGAUUUGACCUCCGAGCGGCUCACAUAUCGGCUACAAUGUUGGGCGAGAGAAGUACAGGCCGCAGGCCAAGACUUGGAGGAGUAUGGGCAAUGGGAAUAUCAACAAGUUGUCGCAGAGUAUGCAAAGUAUGCGGAAGAUUCCCCGGCCGAUCAGGAUGGGCACUUCUCCUUUGCGGCAUGUUAUCCAGCUGUCGCCUCUGGUCGUCUGGUCGCCUUCACUUAUGGCAAACAACCUCAAGAUUGGCGGAUAUGGAUAUCGACAUCUUUGGACGAGUACGCAGCCGAGUUCUGGGAAACCGUUCAUCUCGUUCCUGACGCGCCCGAUCCUGAUCUUCCCGGGGCUUGGCCUCACAGUGCUGAGGUGAACGGGGACAUGACGAAAUUCUGGCAGAGCGGAUUCAAGUACUCCCGAAAAGGGGUGCGCCGAUGGCGACAGCAUCUGAUUUCGAUCGGCGAGUCCGAGGACGAUGAAUUUGAAAAGGGCUGGAGAGAGAUGAAUAAGAACCGAGCAAGAAUAUACGAGCGGAAAAGGGCGAUGCGAGCUCGAUUCUUCCAGAAUGCCGGCAUAACACCACCACCUUAA